GCGCGAGCGAACAAGACACGCGCGCGGCAUCCAAGUGCACAACAAAGUACAGACAGAGCAUUAAAAUAGAGAAACAAAUAGAAAGAGAUACAGUGGAAGACACAGUGGAAGACACCGAGAAAGAAACACCGAUUGGGAGAGAGAGAGAGAGUGCGAGUGUGAUCAAACAAAAAGAGAAACAGCCAACAACAGCUGCUUGAAUAAAAGUACGAAAAUUAUACGAAAUUUCAACAAAGAGUACAAAGUAUUUGGCUUACCAGCACCCUCACUUCAAAGGUCUGUAACAGAUUGUGGCAACUCUAAAGAUACAUUUACGAGAGUGCUAAUAAAAGUAAAGUCUGUUAACUGUUUGGCAAAUGCGCGAACAAUGGCAAAGAUGUGAAGUGUAAGCGGAGGCAGAGGCAGAGUAAGAGUGGAGCAGAAACCCAGGAAGUAUUGCACCCAGCUUGCCACCAGCACAGCGAGAGAGAGAGUGAAUUUAUCAUCUUAAAUCCCACUAAAAAACAAAUACACAAUGAAUGCCAGCGAUGAGUGGGGGGAGAUGGUGGAGCCGAACGAGGAGCAGGCAUCGCAGGAGCUGAAUAGUUCAGCCCUGAGUAUUCGCACACAUCCCACAGUCGAAGAGUAUUAUGGCAACAUGACUGCCUUCCUUAGCCUGGCUAUCUUCAUAGCCAGCCUGCUGACCAUCCUCAACAUUUGCAUCUACUCGACCACCGUGUCGCGUCUGAGGCGCCACCUGAACAAGCCACUGCGUACACCCUCCAUACUGAUGGUCAGCCUCUAUCCGAUUAUCUCGCUGGCCGCACUCGUGACCAUACUGGUGCCGUACUCCUGGUUUAUUUGCCACACCGUGAUGCAUGUGAUGUUCAUGGUGGGCGGUCCCAUAUUCCGUACACUGCUCUUCCGCUACGUCGACUCGGAGCAGAACUAUGUGAAGGAGUCGGGCGGAGAGGCGGUGCAGCUGAGCACUCCGCCCUGCUGCUGCUGGUGCCUCUGCCUGCCGUUGGUGGUGCCCACCAAGGCCAAGCUGUGCAUCUCCCGUUACAUGGUCUGGCAGAUGCCCUUCUGGCAGGGCUCCAUAAUGCUGGUGAUGAACAUCCUGUACUAUCGGGACAUUCAGCUCUACCGCCAAGUGAUGUACUUCUUCAUACCCUUCAUCGUCAGUUCGAUUGUGCUCGGCGCUUGGUCCCUCCAGAUCACAGUGCGAAUGAUAUCAAAGCUGCGCGGCGAUUAUCAGUUGCGGAAGAAGAUGUUCUGCCUCCAGCUGGUUGUGAUGCUCUGCAAGCUGCAGUAUCUGGUGCUUUACGAUCAGCUCGACGGCAUCAAAAUGGGCGGAGAGUAUCCCAUCAAUCACACUGUCUACAAGCAAACCAUCAUCAAUAUAUUGAUACUGGUGGAAAUGGUCUUGGUUUCCAUGAUGGCGCAGAGCGCCUAUCGCACACCCAUACAAGUGCAAGUCGAUGAGGUCAACAAGGACAAGGAAAUCACUCGCAUUUGAGUGACAGAGAGAGGGAGGGUCAGACAACAGUUAGUAGCAACAAAUUGUGAUAAUUUCAAUAAAGAAUAUGUAGUUAAAUGUAGUCGGAAAAUGUCUAUUCUGUAGCCAUCCAUCUUAGCCAAGCGUCAAUCCAAAAAAAAAAUAAAGUACAUCUCC